CUUGCACCGAUUGGGAACGGAGAAGAGAGAGACGCUUUGUUGGCCAUUGCUCCAAUCCUGUCCGAGUGCUGCAAUUCUCUCAAUUCCCUCGAUCGUUUCAAAUUAAAAUCCUCUCCAGGUUUCUAAGGAACCUGCCUUCAGUCUACUUGUUCUUCUCCCACCAUUUCCUGAAGCAUCAUCAGCUCCUAAGAACAGACUUUUGGUGUUCGUGUCCACUGAAUUUCGAUAAUGGCUCUGUGAUUCUUAGGUCUUUAACUUCAUUCAAAUCCUUCAGCUCUAACUCGAGCAGACAUUCGUCGAUGCCUUAUUCUCAGAUUGGGUUUCUGGUUCCCCUAAACAACAAUUCGGAAGAAGAUGAUUCAAUCCCCAAGUUACCGAUUCUGGAAGGAGUCAAUGUUUUCGGCCGAGAUAAUAUCUCCGUUUCUGAUAAAAGAGUGAGCCGCAAGCAUAUCAGUUUGAAAGCUUCGGUUGAUGGUUCUGUUGAAGUGGUUGUGGAGGGAUCAAAUCCGGUUGUUAUUAGAGCUGGGGAUCAAAGAAAGAAGCUCUAUUCUAAAGACAAAGCUACGAUUGCUCAUGGCAAUAUUCUAGAGUUAAUUCCUGGGCAUCAUGUUUUUAAGUAUGUGACAUCGGCUGGUGCGAAGGACACGUCUUCACCCCAAACACAUAAAAGGUCUUUAAAGGAAGGAGGAAAGCUUAAUGAAGAUGAGAUACAAGCGAAAAAGAAAAGACAGAUCGCUGAAGAUGAAGCUUUUGCAAGAAACUUACAGGCUGAGCUAGCAAACAACUCUACUGUACAAGAACGUUCUCUGGUGGUUGAAGGCUCUGAGAACUCCCAAUCUCAUAGGGGAACCUGUCCUGCUUCGCAUGAGGUCUUGGAAGCCGAAGCCAUUCGUCAGUUUAGUGUCCAUAAAAAUAGACAACCUUUAACCUUUAGACUUUUGCAAGUUAAGGGGCUGCCUCCAUGGGCAAAUUCCAACUCUGUUUCUAUAAGUGAUGUCAUCCAGGGAAAUGUGCUCGUUGCUAUCCUUUCAAAUUACAUGGUGGAUAUAGAUUGGUUGAUAUCUGCAUGCCCAGCAAUCAGAAAGAUCCCACAUGUUCUUAUUAUUCAUGGAGAAGGUGAUGGAACGCUGGAUCAUUUGAAGAAGGUCAAGCCUGCAAACUGGAUUCUGCACAAGCCCCCUCUACCUAUUUCAUAUGGGACACACCAUUCAAAGGCCAUGCUUCUUGUCUAUCCUCGAGGGGUGCGAAUUAUUGUACAUACUGCAAAUUUAAUAAAUGUUGACUGGAACAACAAAAGUCAAGGUUUAUGGAUGCAAGAUUUCCCUUGGAAAGAUCAAAAGGAUGUGAAGAAAGGACAUGAGUUUGAAAAUGACUUGAUCGAUUAUCUCAGUGUUUUAAAGUGGCCUGAAUUCAGUGUUAAUUUGCCAGAUAUUGGCAAUGCCACCAUCAAUUCAUCUUUCUUUAAGAAGUUCGACUAUAGCAGUGCUGCGGUCAGGCUGAUUGCAUCUGUCCCUGGAUAUCAUAUGGGUCCCAAACUAAAAAAGUGGGGGCAUAUGAAAUUACGUACUGUUCUGCAGGAGUCUUAUUUCGACAAAGAAUUUCAAAAAUCCCCUCUUGUUUAUCAGUUUUCUUCCCUUGGUUCCUUGGAUGAGAAGUGGAUGGCUGAGUUAGCAUCAUCAAUGUCUGCAGGAUUCUCAGAUGAUAAAACCCCUCUGGGUUUGGGGCAGCCAUUGAUAAUUUGGCCCAGUGUGGAAGAUGUUAGAUGCUCUCUGGAGGGAUAUGCAGCUGGUAACGCUAUCCCGAGCCCUCAGAAGAAUGUGGAGAAAGAUUUCCUAAAAAAGUAUUGGGCAAAAUGGAAAGCUACUCACACUGGCCGCAGUCGUGCAAUGCCUCAUAUUAAGACAUAUACGCGAUACAGUGGUCAAAAAAUUGCCUGGUUUCUACUUACUUCAGCAAAUCUCAGCAAAGCAGCAUGGGGUGCACUGCAGAAGAAUAAUUCACAACUCAUGAUCCGUUCUUACGAGCUAGGGGUGUUAUUCUUGCCAUCUUCCACUAAACAGCAUGGCUAUCUAUUUUCUUGCACUGAUAAUGGUGGUUCCUCAGAGGUUAUUUGUGGAUCAUCACAAAAUGCUGGAGGGCACAGAAGAGAACUUGUUACACUCUGUUGGCGAGGAAACCAGAGUAUGGAUUCAUCUUCUGAAGUAAUUCCCUUGCCUAUUCCCUAUGAGCUCCCUCCACAACCAUACUCAUCUGAAGAUGUUCCCUGGUCAUGGGACAGACGAUAUAGCAAGAAGGAUGUCUAUGGUCAAGUAUGGCCACGACAGGUCAAGUUGUAUGUAAGCCAAGAUUCUUGACCUGUAACCUAUCACAAUGUUCUCCCAUUGCAGCUUGUACCCAAAAAAAUCAAGCCUCUUAUUCUGUCCCCCAACUGGAUCUAACAACGCUCUGAACCUCUUGAAUCAGGAGUGUUGAAAGAAUGGAUAGACCAUUGCUUUUG